CCCUGAGCUGCUAGUAGUAGUUCCUAAAGACCAUCUUCCUGUCUGCACUAUGCCUGAGAUUCAAACAACCUGCCUCUCCUGAUCUCCUUCAAUGGUGACUGACCGUCUCUUACACAGACAGAGAGCCCGACAGUGGUAAGACCGGACCCGAUGGCCUCUCCCAGGACUAUAACCAUUGUGGCCCUCUCGGUAGCCUUGGGGCUCUUCUUUGUCUUUAUGGGGACCAUCAAACUGACCCCGAGGCUCAGCAGAGAUGCCUACAAUGAGAUGAAACGAGCCUACAAGAGCUAUGUCCGUGCAUUGCCCAUGCUGAAAAAGAUGGGAGUCAGCUCCAUCAUUCUCCGCAAGAGCAUCGGAGCCUUAGAGGUGGCCUGUGGCAUUGUCAUGACACUGGUCCCCGGGCGCCCCAAAGAUGUGGCUAACUUUCUGCUGCUCUUGCUUGUUCUGGCUGUGCUCUUCUUCCACCAGCUGGUGGGUGACCCACUCAAGCGCUAUGCUCAUGCCCUAGUCUUUGGGAUCCUGCUCACCUGCCGCCUGCUGAUUGCCCGCCAGCCUGAGGAGCAGUUGCUAGAGAAGAGGACCCUGUCGGUGAAUGGAGAGGAGCAGCCACUUCUUGCAGAGGCAGUCCCAGAAAAGGGCAAAAUCAAGGUGUCCUAGUGGGGUGCUUUUGAGGGACACACGGGGACCCUCCAUGCAGCUCUCUCCAAAACACCUAACAAGAUUUGCAUUUCAUUUUCUUUUUGUGGUCUUUGUAACGGGUUACAUUUUGGAGCAUGGGGGAAACCUUACAUUUGCCAGCUAUGCAACAGCUUGGCUUGUGCACCCUAACUUCUAGAGCUGCCCUCUUCUGCACCCCCACAUAUGUAGACAUGAAUUAAUUUAAUGGUUCUAGAGGGGAAUGUACCUUUUGUGGAGUGUGAGUGAGUGAGUGAGUGAGAGAGAGAGAGAAAGAGAGAGAGGGAGUGGUGGCUGAUCCAUGUAACUUUUACUGUUUCUUCAUCAGUCUGCAUUCUUCAGAGGUGAAAGGAGUGGGAGAUUUCUAACCCUGCGCUUGGGCACUUACCCAAUACUCUCCCCUCUUUGCCUAGCAUCUAGCGCUGGAGUGACAAACUUUUUUUUCCUGCUUCAGAUGAGUCAAGUGGUACAUCUCACCCACCUCUCUCAGCAGAGAAUAAAGAAUGCUGUAUUCCUAAUAAAAAAAACCCUCCAGUCAUUCCCCACCCAACCCUGCCUACUCCAAAGUCGGUUUGUCUGUGUGACGAUCCUACCAGCUGGCUCUACCUGUGAUACUCCCACCAGGGCCACCACCUGUCAGGAUCUCAGUUUUUAUUUGUUCUCUCACACACUCUAGCACAGCUCUCACAAGAUCCCACUGCUAGGCAGCACCACCAGCCACUCCCUGUAAACAAUACUGCUAGAGACUUCGCCUUAGUCUCCCCCUAUGGCUUAUUGUUACUUUGUGUCUGGGUGCCCUUUCCGUCCACAACCCCCUUGUAUCUUUGUCUAUAAAGCAUACAAUCCUGGGUUGCUCUGGAUACUUGAUGAUGUUACAAUUUCUUCCUUCACCGCUGCCACCAUUUAUUUUACACUGUUUCCCUCCAGCCUUGGUAAUUACCCUGCCCUCCCUUCUGGUCUGUGUAUGCCCAGCCAAGGAUCAGGCUUUUGGUAAACCAAUAAAAGUAUUUAUUUGAUAACACCAGGAAAUAACAAGAUUACUUUAGGAAUGUUCAACAAGCGUAUGGUUUCAUAUAGUGUCACUCUUUAUGUUUCCAGUCUUAUAUAUUCUGCCUAAAUACCAGCCAAAUAUAAUCCAACCCACAACCAACUCCAAUCCACACUCCACAACCAACCAACCAACAACUCCCCAACAACUCAACUGUCAUCCUCUCAUUUAUACCUUCAGCCAUUCAAAUACUCAGCCAAUCAUCAUACAGCAUUCUCCAGCAUUCUAGCCCAUGUACUCCCCCCUCUCACUCAGUCACUUACCAUAUAUCACUUACUAAACCCGCACUUACCAUAUUUACAGAUAUUAAAAUACAGGGACAUCACAGUCUGCUACUGUCAAAAGAUCACGGACUGCUCACUGUCUGCCUACACGUAAACCUGCUUUUUCUGCCAUCUGUUCACUCUGAUUUUAAAAAGGGGCAGGUUACUGUCGGUGAGUAAGGGCUUGUCUCUAAGAACAGGAUUAAUUUCCCAUCUCACAUGGGGAUCUGAUGAGCCAAGGCAGAGUGAGGUCUCUGUUAAGAAGCUGCUUCAGUUGUGUUAGUGCUGAGCUUGGAGGGCAAAUAAACUGAAAGGUUAAACUGUCCUGGGAAAUCUGAUUUUUUUAAAAAAUAUGUUGCCUUUUUUUGGUAUUGUCUGGUUUGAAUCCUCCUCCUUCUCCCCUUCUUUGCCCCUCCCUUAAUUUAUAAAAACAAACUUUUUGAAAUUUGGGGGGAAUUGUCAUUGUAAAUUGUUGAAUUUUACAUGUGUGUAACAUACUUAGAAUUGAAAUGCCUUGUAUUUUCCUGUGAGUUCCAGUUUACUAUUACUGACAUGAUUAUUUAUUCUUGGACGAUAGAGCGGUAAGCUGGGAAACUCUGAAAUUAUAAGAGGCUGUGGAUUCUUUCAACUUGCCUUGAACUCUGAUAUGCCCUCUGUGAGUUCUGGGCUUGUUGUUCUAGAAUAGCUGAUGGGAUAAGCCCUACAGACAAUCUUCCUAGGUAAGGGUGAACACAGGAAUCUGGAAGACCUGGGGCUGGAGCACAACAUCAACACAACGAAUGCUGCUGCUGGUGACUUCACCACAAAAAUGACUGUGAGAAAGGACUGUGUGGCCAGCUUUUCAUGAUUCAGAGGUGGAAGAGGCCCCAUAAGAAACCAUUAUUCCUCUACAGCAGGAAUGGACCGAGAGACAUGGUCUGUACUUCCUUUCCCUGCUGGAUGGGAAAAGUAUGGAUGUGCAUUCACAGCACACUUAUGAGAAGCCGGCCUGGACUUUUCCUCAGCACUGUACCUAAAGUCUGUCUUGUCCAUUACAUGGUGACAAACCCAGGUCAUACAUGA